GGCGCUGUGGAGGACAGCUACUGGAGGAGGUCCUUCCACCAACACAGGAACUACACGAGAACAGGGUCAGAGGUCAAGAUGGGUCGCUCCUCCAAAGACAAGCGGGACAUUUAUUACCGUCUGGCCAAAGAGGAGGGCUGGAGAGCGAGGAGCGCCUUCAAGCUGCUGCAGCUCGACCACGAGUUCAACCUGUUCACAGGUGUGAACAGAGCCGUUGAUCUGUGUGCAGCUCCUGGCAGCUGGAGUCAGGUCCUCAGUCGGAAACUCAGAGGGCAGGAGGAGAAGGGCGAUGCUGGUGAGGAGGUGAAGAUCGUGGCGGUGGACUUGCAGGCCAUGGCUCCUCUGCCAGGAGUCACUCAGAUCCAGGGAGACAUCACCAAGGUGUCGACAGCUCAGGAGAUCAUCCGUCACUUUGAGGGUCAGCCGGCCGACCUGGUGGUGUGCGACGGAGCUCCAGACGUAACGGGGCUCCACGACGUGGACGAGUACAUCCAGGCUCAGCUGCUGUUGGCCGCUCUGAACAUCACAACUCACGUCCUCAAACCUGGAGGGACGUUUGUGGCCAAGAUCUUCAGAGGUAAAGACGUGACUCUGCUGUACUCUCAGCUGAAGAUCUUCUUCAGUGGUGUGACCUGCGCCAAACCUCGCAGCAGCAGAAACUCCAGCAUUGAGGCCUUCGUGGUUUGCCAGAAUUACUCUCCUCCUGAAGGUUACGUCCCCAACAUGUCCAACCCUCUGCUGGAUCAUUGCUACGAUGUGGACUUUAACCAGUUAGAGGGUCCCAACCGCGUCAUCGUUCCCUUCCUGGCGUGCGGUGACCUCAGCGCCUUCGACUCGGACAGGACCUACCCUCUGCAGCUGGAUGCUGGUAAACAGUACCAGUAACCCCCCACCCAGCCGCCGAUCGCCCCCUACCAGCAGGCCUGCCACCUGCGCAAAAACAACCUGCUGUCCAGAGAAGACGCUCCGUCCAACCGUCCCAACCAGAGUCAAGACGAGGCGGGUCCGUCGGCCGAGUCCACCUGAUUCGUCCAAUAUUUUUAAGAAUAAGCAGAGUUAUCUUUAAAGGAACAGUCCGGCAUUUUGGGAAAGCCAUCUUCUCUGCCUGAUACCAAGAUGGAAAUCGGUUUUGUUUCUCCUUUGCAGCGUGGAACCAGAGUGUGUUUAGCUUAGCUUAGCACAAAGACUGCAAGCAGGGGGAAACUACUAGCCUUUUCUUCAAUCCAGUAUUUGUGUUAAGCUAGGCUAAACAUGCUCUGAACCAAUCACACUGUACCAGAUAUACUUCCAAUCGGAUGUUUUUACUAUUUAGAUUUCAUGUGGAUUUUUUUGUAGCAGAUUCUUCAUCCAUUAGGCGUGAGGAAUUGUAAACAUUUUAUAUUUUAAAAAUAAAAGUCAUCUCUUUGAGGCA